CAGAAACGAACACGCACUGGAGUAGUGACAGUAUAUUCCCGAGAGAGGUAGCAGUGAAUGAAAAGUACACAUCACGACCGUCCAGUGCGUCUCUCAACCACCGAAGAAGAACAAUGGCCCAAUAGCAACGUUCAGCAGCAACUUUACUCCCGGUUAGCUAAUGGCUGAAUUAGACAUCGGGAGACAUUGUCAGGUCGAUUCCUGCCACCUGAAAGACUUUCUGCCCUUUGUCUGUGAUGCCUGCGGUGGUGUUUUCUGUCUCGAGCACAGAAGCAGAGACACCCACUCAUGUUCAGAGGAAUCAGUAAAAAGGGAAUCCCGGACAGCUGGUGGGACUACAAGUUAUCUGUGCUCGUUUGAAGAAUGCAAGGGAAAAGAACUGUUACCAGUUAUAUGUCCACAGUGUGAAAAACAUUUCUGUUUGGCCCAUCGUCAUCAAGAUGAUCACAAGUGUGAGAAGCUGGAAGUUCAAAAGCCUCGAAUGGCAGCCACCAAAGAGCUGGUGCAGAAGAUUGUAGACUCAAAAGAUGGAUCCAAAAGUAAAGGGCGCAGAGGAGCAAAGAACAGUGCAACUGCAGCAAAGGUGGCACUGAUGAAGCUGAAGCUGCAUGCUGCAGGAGACAAGGGGCUGCCACAGACAGAGAGAACCUAUUUUCAGGUGUAUCUUCCUAAAGAAUCUAAAGACUCCAGCCAGCCCAUGUUCUUCUGUUCCAAAUGGAGCGUGGGGAAAGUGGUGGAUUAUGCAGCCUCUUUGGCUGGCCUCAACAACAACAAUAAUGUGCUGACAGCUAAGAAGCUGAGGUUAUGUCAUCCUCAGACAGGCGAGGCUCUUCGAAUGGAUGACACCCUGUUCCUUCUGCUGGCUCACCCAGGAACUCCUCUGCAUAAUGGGGGCAAUGUGAUCCUAGAGUACCUGGACAAUGAGUGCACAGGCCUGGAUGAUGUUUCUGACUACAUCACGCAGACCUGAGCAAUCAGAUCAAAUUCACCUACCAUGUAAAUAAGUUCUGUGUGCAGUUUGUUUUAUGCAAAUAAAUGCUCAUUUUUCAAAA